AAAGACAAUACAAUCCUGCGUCAUCUGUACUUUGACUGAGCAUUUGAGUGCUGAAUAGAUCGACAACAGUAUCGCAAGAUGUCAACACAACAACAAGAAGAGCUUGAAAAAAGAUAUGAUCCAUUAGACACCACGUUAAAAUUUGUCACAAGGCCAGAUGAUAUCACUCUGGAUGAUGACCCCGACUCCUUGAGGGCGGAGAUGUCCUGUGGUCAUGCAGUCACACCGCAGUCUCUCACGGCCUGGUGCCGCAGCCUUCUGGACCAGGGACAGUAUAAAUUCACUUGUCCUGCACUGAAGAAAGGCACACUGGUGAAGUGUGGGGAGGAAUGGUCCUACACAGAGAUCCGUAAGCUGGCUGUGCUGACAGCAAAAGAGCAGGCUCACUAUGAGGAAACCAUGGCUAUGCUGGCUGCUGCUGAGUACUGUGAAUACAAAACAUGUCCUGGCUGUCAGUCAUUUGUGGAAAGACAAGACCUGACCAACUUGGCUGUGCACUGCAAAAUCUGCACCACGCAGACUGGACGAGCCUAUCAGUUCUGCUGGCAGUGUCUGCAGAGAUGGCAGGGACGUGCACCUACCGCAGACAAGUGUGACAACGAGGGGUGCGUCAACCCAGACGUGGAGAGGCUGGCCAAGUGUAAACUGCUGACUCUCGCAGCUGUGAAAAAUGUGCAAGUCCCAUCCAUGCGCGCCUGUCCCACAUGCGGCAACAUCGUGGAGCACAAUGGAACAGGGUGCAAAAACAUCAUAUGCAACCGGUGUCAGAAGGAGUUCUGCUUUUCCUGCUUGAAACUCAAAUCUGAUUGUUUAAAAAACAGCAGUUACUUUGUGCCCUGUGCUGAUGGUGUGGCUGCUCGCCAGACCAGUAUCCCAUCAUGGGUCAAGUAGCCAGCAGCAGGCGUAUAGUGGAAAGUGUGAUAGCUGUUGCCAGCCAGGCUGAAUGAUAUUAAUGCUUAAGCUAUCUAGCUUUAGUACACUUCCUUCAUCUACUAUGAAUGCAUCUACGUAUAUUAUACUGUUUUUAUUUGUAUGUAAAAUAUAAAAUAUAGCUAACAGACACACACAAACAGACACACAGACACACAGACACACACACACACACACACACACACACACACACACACACACACACACACACACACACACACACACACACAAACACAGAGAGAGACAAACAGAUUAGGAGAUAUAGACA